AAGCGGAAAAAUAAAUAAAACUAUCUCAACGUCAGUAGUUACUAGUAAACUCGUGGUUGUAUGUUUGGAGUUUAGUUUUUGAUAGAUUAAAACCACUUUUUGAGUUCUGUUCAGUCAAAGACAGUUAUGGACAAUCCACGGGAAAUUGCCAAUUUAAUUAAAUUAUUUGAAGAGUCUUUUGAAGACGUGGAAAUGUUUCUUCAAAACUAUCAGCUAGGCCUAGGCGAUGACGGAGGUCUCAGCAAACCGAACGCUCCAUCACCGUCGAAGUCAAUGCCUGCCGGUGGUAAGCCGACUGGCAGCAGUAGGCCUAGGACCAGUGUCGUUGAUGGUAAAGAUAAUAAUGAUGGUGCAGAGUCAGAACACAGACCCAGUGGUAGCUGUCAAGAGCUAAGCUCACUUGACAAAGCGAAGAAGGACCUAGUUGAUGCAUAUGCAAUCAAUUCAAUUUUUUGGAUGUACCUUUGUGUUCAAGGCAUUGAUCCAAGGAAUCAUCACAUAAAGCAUGAAUUGGAUAGAAUACGAAUCAAGGGCAGGCAUUUGGUCCAACAGAGGGACUUGCUAUUUAUGGUCCAUGAUACUGAUGGUCAAGAUAGAGAGAUCAUUUAUAGUUGUCUCAGAACAUAG